AUGAGGCUUCAAAUGAUGCUUGGAUAUGUCAUGUUCAUGUUUGGCAGUUUGUCCGUUGCAUUAGGCGCCUUCGUGGGAAUAAACAUCGGAACCGAUCUUUCCAACCUCCCAUCACCGGAGGAAGUGGUGGCAAUCCUCAGAUCCCAUCAAAUCACACACAUCCGCCUUUUCGAUUCCGACAACCACCUACUUAGUGCACUUUCCGACACCGGAAUCGAAGUCAUGGUAAGUGUAACAAACAACGAAGUCCUCCGCAUCGGCCAAUCUCCGGCGGCCGCCGCCUCAUGGAUCAACAAAAACGUAGCGGCAUUCGUCCCCUCCACCAACAUCACCGCCAUUGCAGUCGGCAGUGAAGUCCUCUCCACCAUCCCCAAUGCCGCCCCGGUUUUACUCCCCGCCAUGAACAACCUCCACAAAGCCCUAGUUUCCUCAAACUUAAACUACCAAAUCCAAGUUUCCACCCCGUUUUCCAUGGACAUGAUCCCGAGGCCAUUCCCGCCAUCCGCCGCCACUUUCAACACCUCAUGGGACUCCACAAUUUCCGAUAUCCUUCGGUUUUUAAGCACCACAAAAUCGGUUUUCAUGUUGAACGCGUAUCCAUACUACGGUUACGUCCAAAGUAAUGGAAUUUUCCCGAUUGAAUACGCGCUUUUCAAAUCACUUUCACCGGUCAAACAAAUAGUUGACCCGAAUACACUCUUCCAUUACGAUAGCAUGUUUGAUGCGAUGGUGGAUGCUACUUAUAAUGCCAUGUCAGCAUAUAAUUCCUCGGGGAUUAUUCCAAUUGUUGUGACUGAAACCGGGUGGCCAUGGGCGGGUGGUGGUAAUGAACGUGAUGCCACCGUGGAAAAUGCUGAAAUUUUUAAUAAUAAUUUGAUAAAACGGGUUUUGAACGGGUCGGGCCCGCCUAGUCAGCCGAUGAUUCCGAUGAAUACGUAUAUUUAUGAACUGUUUAAUGAAGAUAAUAAACGGGGCCCGGAAUCCGAGAAAAGCUACGGGGUGUAUUUUAGUAAUGGAAGUUCCGUUUAUGCCCUUGGGUUGGAUAUAUCGGGGGGAAUGACAGUGAAUGCUUCUUCGGGUGGAUUUUGUGUUGCUAGAAAAGGAGCGGAUGUGAGUAGCUUGGAAGACGGUUUGAAUUGGGCUUGUGGGCCCGGCCAGGCGAAUUGUAGUGCGAUUCAAGCGGGUCAACCGUGUUAUAUGCCGGAUACGGUUGAAAAUCAUGCUUCGUUUGCUUAUAAUGAUUAUUAUCAGAGAAUGCGGAGUGUUGGUGGGACAUGUGAUUUUAGUGGUACAGCUGUAACUACCAUGGUUGAUCCGAGUUAUGGAUCGUGCAUAUUUACAGGAAGUACAAAUUCCAGCAUCGGUGGAUUGGUUCCACCUGCAUUUGGGCCAGUGGGGCCCCCUGGAGCAACUGAUAUUCAGGCUCUUAGUGUUUUAAUGCAGAGUGUUGAAUAUGAUGAAAUUCAACAGGAAUUCUAG